AUGGUUUCAUUUAAUAAAUUAUUCAUAUUACCACUCGUUAUAUCACAAGCUUUAGCUGCUUCUGUCUUUGCAGCUGAUGAACAAUCCCCAAUAAGUGCCAAACUAUUACCAGGUGAGAAACCAAUCCCUGGUAAUUCACCAGUUGCUAUAUGUGAUGUUACAGAACCUCAACUAUUAACUAUUGAUUUGGUUGAAUUAUCACCAAAUCCUCCACAACGUGGUGUUAACUUAACAGUGGAUGCUGUUGGUCAUUUAAGUCAACUCGUGGAAGAAGGUGCUUAUGUUGAUGUUGAUGUUAGAUAUGGUUAUAUCAAAUUAAUCUCACAAACUUAUGAUUUAUGUUCAGAAGUUGGUGAAGUUGAUUUAGAAUGUCCUUUACAAAAAGGUGAAUAUAAAUUAUCAAAGACUGUUGAAAUCCCAGAUCAAGUGCCACCUGGUAAAUAUACCGUUUAUGCUAGAGCUUAUACUAAAGAUGAUGAUUUCAUUGCUUGUAUCACUGCUACUGUUGUCUUUAGUGUUGAUUCUUGGAAAAUUAUCAGUUAG